GGGCAGCAAUUUCACGUGGAUAGAAACAUUCCCGGCCCGGCAGUAUCAUAUUUCAACCCCCGGUCUCUACCUGCCACUCACAGUCCGGAUGCCGAUGGCGUUAUCUUUGCCGCCGAUGAGCAACCACUGCCGUGCGGCAAGCUCCCGCAACUCGGCGGCGGAACACGCACUCCCAGACCGUGUUGCACACCUGUCGACCAGCCAUUGACCCUGGAAGCCCAUGCCCCGGGUGGGAGAAGCCGCCACAGCAGCCUCAAAAUAUACGCUGGAGAAGGGCGGUAACGACUCGCCGCCGUCUUAUCAGGAAGCCUCGGGCGCGCCGGUCGAGAGCCAGUCGCCAUUGGGAUAUAACGUUGGGGCGGUGACGAUCAUCUUCUUGAAUGUGAGCAAGAUGACUGGGACGGGGGUGUAUUCGACGCCCUCGGCCAUCCUCAAGGGCACCGGCUCGGUCGGCCUGGCCAUGAUCUACUGGGCGCUGGGCUUUCUCACAUCCAUCGCGAGCUUAUCUGUGUACCUCGAGUACGCGGCCUACUCCCCGAACCGGUCCGGGUCCGAGGUCUGGCUGGUGCCGACCACGUUCGCGUUGCAGUCAGUGCUGCUAUCGUUCAGUAGCAGCAAUGCCAUUGGGCUAAAGGGCGUGGCGAUCGCCGGGUUCACCGUGGUCUUCUUAGUUAUCGUCUUCCACACGCGCUUCUCGUACGCGGUGUCUAACGGUAUCGGCAUCAUCAAGGUCCUCACGCUCGUCUUUAUCUCUGUUACCGGUCUUAUCGCCAACUUUAUCGAUUCCUUUUCCGGCCACGCGAUGCCGUACGGCGUAACCAACGCCCUGUACUGCAUUAUUUUUUUUUCUUACGCGAGCUAUAAGAUCGCCUUUAACGUUAUUAACGAGGUCAAGAAUCCUAUGAAAACCAUCCGGCGCGACGGCUUCAUUGCGCUCGCUAUCGUGGCCCUCCUCCAUAUCUUCGCCAACAUCGCCUACUUCGCCGCCAUCCCCAAGGCCGACCUGGCCGCGGCACAGCAGAUCGCCGCCUCGCUCUUCAUCACGCGCGUCUUCGGCCCGGGAAACACCGUGAACGGGCUUAACUUUCCCAUCGUACUCUCCUCCUUUAACAACAUCCUCGCUGUCGCGCUCGGCUCCUCGCGCAUGAUCCGCCAGUGCGGUCAGCAAGGGGUGCUGUCCUUCCCGCGCUUCUGGGCAUCUACAAAACCAUUUGGCGCGCCCCUGGGCCUAUACCCGCUAUCCGUCCUCAAUGUGCUGCUCGCCGUAGGGCUAUACAUUAUGCGGUACCGCCGGGCGCGGCUGAGCCUGCCGCGGCCCGAAUUCCGCGCGUGGGAUCCCAUCGUCAUCUUCAACGUCUUGGUGAACCUCUACCUGAUCGUCAUGCCGUGGUAUCCUCCCGACGGUGGACCGUUCGCAGGCGACGUGCACUUUUGGUAUGCCACAUAUGUGGCGACUCGACUGUGUAACAGAAUCACUUUCUGCGCUCUCUACUACUACCUCUGGGUGAGCGUCGUGCCCAAGCUCCGUGGCUACCGCCUCCGGCAGGAGACCAUAAUCCUCGGGGACGGCGCCCCGAGUCACAGGCUGAUCAAGAUGCCUGCCACCGAGGUGGUCCAGUGGGAUGCCACGCACGACACGGUUGGCAGGCCGCUGCUCUGGGCCAAUGCACCGAGCCUUGGACUCUAG